AACUUCAUAUGCAGCUAUCUCUCUUUGUCUCAGUAAAUGGGUUCUGAAACUCCUCUUCUUCCUCUUCGUCUUCCGGUCAUCGAUUUCUCAAACAAAAACCUGCAACCUGGAGAGCCCGAAUGGGACUUAACCAGAGCUGAUGUCCAGAAAGCUCUACAAGACUAUGGCUGUUUCGAGGCCUCUUUCGAUAGAAUCCCUAUUGACCUACGGAAAUCGGUCUUCGGGGCCUUAGAAGAGCUUUUCGACUUACCCUUGCAGACCAAAAUGAGAAACGUGUCCAAGAAACCGUUCCAUGGAUACGUUGGUCAGUACCCAAUGGUGCCACUGUACGAGAGCAUGGGGAUUGAUGAUUCUGAUGUUGCAGCGAAAGUAGACGCCUUCACUGAAAAGCUAUGGCCUCAAGGCAACAACAGUUUCAGCACAACAAUCCAUUCGUUUUCCGAGAAGUUAUCAGAGCUAGACAUAACUAUCAGAAGAAUGAUCAUGGAGAGCUUCGGACUCGAUAAAUACAUCGAUGAACAUCUUCACUCAACGAAUUACCUCCUGCGGGUGAUGAAGUACAAAGGACCUGAUACAGAGGAGACAAAAUUGGGGCUAAACGCUCAUACUGAUAAAAACAUCGUCACUAUACUUUACCAGAACCAUGUCGAGGGUCUAGAGGUGCAGACCAAAGAUAACAACUGGAUCAAAGUGAAGCCAGCACAAGACUCUUUCAUUGUCAUGAUCGGAGAUUCCCUCUAUGCAUUGCUGAAUGGUCGAUUACACUCUCCUUAUCACCGUGUCAUGAUGACAGGAACAGAGACAAGAUACUCCCUCGGAUUAUUCUCGAUCCCAAAAGCAGGACAUAUCGUGAGUUCACCAGACGAGCUCGUGGACGAAGAGCAUCCUCGACUGUUCAAGCCCUUUGACCAUGUCGAAUUCCUUCAAUUCUACUACACAGAAACUGGACAAAGAUCUCAAUCUGCUCUCAAAACGUACUGUGGAAUCUAAAAACAACAAAAGCUUUCUCAUUUACUCACUUCUCAAUAAUUCGAAGUACCCUUUUCACAUCAAUAAGAAGAAUCUCACCAAAAGUAUAAAAUUUUCACCAAUUC